GAAACCUUUUUCUUGUGGCAUAUGUCAUAAGAGUUUUUCUCAGAGAAAUACUCUAAACAUGCAUACUUGUGUUCAUACUGGUGAGAAACCUUAUUCUUGUAGUAUAUGUAAUAAACGUUUUUCACUGAAGAGUCAUCUGACAAAACACCAUCGUAUUCAUACUGGUGAGAAACCUUUUUCUUGUAGCAUAUGUCAUAAGAGUUUUUCUCAGAGAAAUACUCUAAAUGUGCACACUUGUGUUCAUACUGGUGAGAAACCUUAUUCUUGUAGUAUAUGUAAUAAAAGUUUUUCACAGAAGGGUUAUCUGACAAUACACCAUCGCAUUCAUACUGGUGAGAAACCUUAUUCUUGUAGUAUAUGUAAUAAACGUUUUUCACUGAAGAGUUAUCUGACAUAUCACCAUCGUAUUCAUACUGGUGAGAAACCUUAUUCUUGUAGUAUAUGUAAUAAAAGUUUUUCUCGGAAGGAUCGUCUGACACAUCACCAUCGUAUUCAUACUGGUGAACAACUUUAUUCUUGUUUUAUAUGCAAUAAAAGCUUUUCACUGAAGAGUCAUCUGACAACACACCAUCGUAUUCAUACUGGUGAGAAACCUUAUUCUUGUAGUAUAUGUAAUAAAAGUUUUUCACAUAAGAGUUAUCUGACAAUACACUUUCGUAUUCAUACUGGUGAGAAACCUUAUUCUUGUAGUAUAUGUAAUAAAAGUUUUUCACAGAAGAUUCAGCUGACAGAGCACAGUCUUGUUCAUACUAGUGAGAAAUUUUAUUCAUGUAGUAUAUGUAAUAAAAGUUUUUCACAGAAGAGUCAUCUGACAAGACACCACCUCAUUCAUACUGGUGAGAAACCUUAUUCUUGUAGUAUAUGCAAUAAAAGAUUUUCAGAGAAGACUAACCUGACAAAACACCAUCGCAUUCAUACUGGUGAGAAACCUUAUUCUUGUAGUAUAUGUAAUAAAGGUUUUUCACGGAAGAAUCAUCUGACAGAUCAUCAUCGCCUUCAUACUGGUGAAAAACCUUAUUCUUGUAGUAUAUGUUAUAAAAGUUUUUCACGGAAGGGUAAUCUGACAAAACACCAUCGUAUUCAUACUGGCGAGAAACCUUAUUCUUGUAAUAUAUGUAGUAAGAGUUUUACAAGGAAGGAUAUACUGACCGAGCACACUCUUGUUCAUGCUAGAGAAAAGCCUUGAAGUAAUGAAAUUUUUUUAAAAAGUACUUGUCUGACUGUGCACAGGCGUACGCAUACUGAUGAGUAAUUUAUUCUUGUAGCAUUUAAAAUAUCAGUUUUUCAACGAAGAGCCAGCUGACAGAGCAAAGUGUCAGCUGUGUCAUCUGAGGAGAAAUUUUAUUCUUGUUAUAAAUGUAAUAAUAGUUUUUUCAGAUAAUUAGUGUGAUUGUGCUCAAGCGUGUUCAUAUUGGUGAGAAACUGUAUUCUUGAAUGUAUAAAGUGCUGUUCAAAAAAAAAAAAAAUUAACUAAAAAGAGUCACUUUUAUAUUGGUGGGAAACUUUAAUCUUGUAACUUAGGUAAUAAAGUUUUUCCCUGAGAUUUUCCCUAAUAACUCUCCGAAUUUUUGUUUAUGCUUUUGUGUAACUUUAUUUUUGCAAUUAGUUAUAAUAAAAGUUUUUUACUAUA